CCCUGACAAACAGUACCUAGUGAAGCAUCACUGCCUGGUCACUCCUAUCUCCUUGUCCAACCAGACGCACCGAACCAAUUGCAGCCUUCGUCCACCGCGAGCCUGACUUUAAACCAGCUGAUCUAUAGAUUGAUCGUCUGACUCAUCCACCAUGUCUCUCACAUUCAGUGUCAUGAUGAUGCUUCUGGGUGUUUCAGUGGUGACUGCUUUUGUCUUGCAGUCCUCAGAGCAAGAAUCUGCAGCCUCUGCAAAUUCUCCUAUUUCACAUCACAGGUGUCAGGGUGAAUCACUGGAGUCCAUCAAGAAGGCUCUCCUCAGCUCACUCAGCCUGCAGGUUGAGCCACAGCUGCGUGCUGGUGGGCUGAAUGCUGUCAGAGAGCAAUGGACGAGGAUCUACAGCGACAUAGCCAAGGACACUACAAUUCCAGCAGUCUCCGGCUACUCUGUGUCACAUGAUGAUGAAAACAGAACGAGCCUGAAAUGCUGCUCCAUGGCCUCUGAGAUCUUCAUGCGUGAUCUGGGAUGGGACAGUUGGGUGAUCCAUCCUACCAGUCUCACUGUCAUUCAGUGUGCACCCUGCAACCCCGAGGCAAACACGGUGCAGCGUCCAUCAUCCGACAUCAAUGUCCAGGACUCACAGGUCCCGGUGCCAUGUUGCAAUCCCACCUCCCACAAAUCAGUGCCUGUCAUCUACAUGGAUGAAUUCAGCACCGUCGUCAUUUCCUCCGUGCAGCUUACCAGCAGCUGCGGCUGUGGACAUUCCAACAUCCAGCUGCCCAGCGAGGAGUAACAUCUUGACUUAUCAUCCUCAGUAUGUGACAACUGUAAGCCACCUGGCGCAAACACAAAAGCAUUGAUAUACACAGGUCUGUCCUCUCUCACAAACAUGUUAUGUUAAUUGUGUAGACUAUUUCCCUCUAGUUUUUGGCUCUAUCUUAGAUCCUUCAACUGUGUAUGCAAAACUAAGCGUGGGAACCAAAACAGAGACUCUUCAGCUUUGAAUACUUGUCUGUCUAUUCGAACCAAAGUGAAAGAUGCAAGUGCCAGCACACAUUUGUAUAAAACUGAUCAGCUAUUAUUUUUGUUGUGAAACAAAUUAGAUGAUUAACAUGUUACUGAUCUCAAAUUACAAUCUGCAUUUGUGUUCGAUUAACAUUUACCAACAUUAUGCUUAAAAGAAAAGGCACUAAAAAACUAAUUUCUGUCAGCAAAUUCAAGUAUGCUACUCAACUCCAGGGCUAGAAAGAGCUGGACAUGAGGUGCAACUGACACUUGUGUGAUAAACAGCCAGUUAAAAUGAACUAGAGUGCUAUUUAAAGCUGCUGUUACACAGUGUUCCCUCCAAAAAUGUGAGACUGUCCCGAGCCAAAUUCUCUCACAGGCAAGUUGUCUUGUUUCCAAUCUGGCUUCUCUUACAUGUGAAAAGAAGGUAAACUGAGAAAAAAAAAUCAUUGUAGAAUAAGUUACAUUGUAAUUAUAUACUUUAAGUAAAUACUUGCUAUUUUGAGGGUUAAACAUUUUUCACAAGGAGAGUAACAGGGUUUGAAAUCGUGCUAUCAAGCUUUGUAUCAGUUUCUCUGCAUGAACAAUAUCUGUAGCGUGCUUUUCCACCAACGCCCACUGGCCCUGCUCCAUUUUCAUGUUUCAACCAGCUUGUCCUGCAAACUUAUAAAUAUAACUUUAAUAACAGACAUCUAAUUGUUUAUUUGUUAUAUAAAGGGCAAGGAUAUAAGAAGAGAAUAAAUCAAGAAAAUUCAAAAUAUUUUCUCUUGACAUGCUUUAUUAUUAUUAUUAUUAUUAUUAUUAUUAUUAUUAUUAUUAUUAUUAUUAUUAUUAUUAUUUAUAAUUUUAAUGAUGUCUCACUUUGGCCAGUAAAUGAUUUAGAGUUAGGUACAGACAUAAAAAUAGUAAUAAGAGUUCCUACAUGAAACUGCUCACACCAAGAUCUGUGGGUUAUCUUGAGUAGCCUGGUCAUGGCAAGAGACUGUUGAGCUUUUCAAAUGUAAUUUGUUGGCACCUACAGCACCACAAGUUCAAGUAGUUCCAUUAUAUUCAAGAGAAGGGAGACAACUCGGAGGCUAAUAGCUUAUUUUCCAAAACUUUUGUAUAUGUAUUUUUGAUUUUGGGUUGAACUGUUUCUUUAAAACAAAUAAUGGCAAUUUCACGUUUUACUUUCAUACAGCUCACAGCAAAGAAACUGAUUUUUGCCUUUAGAAAAUUUCAGUGUCUGUUUACUUUUUUUUAACUGCAGAGUUCUCAGAAUUGUUUUCCUAAUAUAUCAUUUCUCAUGAUGGUUACAGUUCUCAGUUGUGAAUUUGUUUAAUUUCUUUAACACUUUUUUUCACAAAAUUACCUCACUACUCACUUUUCAAGAAGGUAUUUUUCACAAGUGAACUUACUUUUUGAGUGGUAUAUCACCUCAUCUUAACUAAUCAAUACAUUCAGAUUUAAUGCAAACGGUUUUGUUGUGCUUAUGACCAGCUCAAUCAUUUGUACCAAUUUACUGAUUUCUUGCUAACAAUCAUUUGAAUAAAGCUGAUUGAAACAAAGAGAA